CUGAUGAGUACGCAUAAUAUAAAAAGUUGAAUUCCAGUUGCGAUCUUCUUCUAUAUAUAUCUAUCUAUCUGUAUCUAUAUAUUUAUUUAUCAAUAUCAAUAUCAAUGGCGAAGUUUUCAAAUCUACCGAUACACGCAUCGCGUUUGUUCUUCUUUCUCAUCAUCUUUCAGAUUCCUUUUUUCAGGAUACCAUGUAGAUCGGGUAUGUGUACGACGCCUAUCCAUGUUACAUCUAGCCAGUUGGUCGCAAGUGAAGUCUUUCCAGUAGCUGCAGUUAAGACCCUUCUUUACCCAGGGGCCCUUUUUAAUGAUUUAAUCUACAAUAUGAGUGUUCCGAGCUGGAGUAGUGUACUAGACAAGUACAACCUAACUGAGAUAAAAGUAGCCUCGGCAAUGCCUGAUCUACAACGUUUGGAGGUUCUUGCAGGAAGCUACUUCUCUGUAGCAGGGGCGUUUAUCGGUUUACUAAAACCACAAAGAAUGAGCAUGUUUGGAACUCUUCUAAUUGUAUGGGGACUCGUUAAGGAGGGGCUUCUUGGAAAGCCGGUAAACACUGAUCCCACAAGAUCAGUUUAUGUGUACCCAACCAUGCUAAUUGCCGUCCUUUGUGCCUUCUCUUCCGUCAAGUAUAAUUUCCAGAAAGCUGCUGCAAAACCUCCGCCCCGUCCUGUCGCAAAACCUCUUAAAAGCUCAAAAAAAUCUAAGUUGAAAUGAAUUUGAAGAACAUACGGAUCUCAAAUGUAGUGUUCCUUUCGAUAUUGAGUUUGAUAUGUGGUACAAAUCAUGUGGUUAGAACUUCCAAGGUAUGCAAAACGUACCGGAAAUGCAAUUUAGCCACCUAGUUGUGUUAUGACUCCUUUGUAAAACUUGAUUUUUGGCCAACUGAAGAUGAAUUUUUUUAAUCA